ACAGACAGGGAACUACAGGCCCCAGAGUUCUGAGCGUGUAGCGCGCUCCACUUUUAGGUGUGAGCUGCAAACACCUCGGACCCGGGAGAAGUCGCGUUAAGGAGCAGGGAGUGCUUGGUGGCCCCCGCCCCCAUGCCCACCCACGAUGCCCUUGUCCCGUUGGCUGAGAUCUGCGGGGGUCUUCCUGCUGCCGGCCCCCUGCUGGGCACCCCGGGAGAGGUGUCUUGGUUCCGAACAACGACCCUCCCUGGCAUAUAGGUGUCCAGUCCUGGGGGCCUGGCACAGUGCCCGCUGGUGGUGCCAAGUGUGGACAUAGGAGCCUCGAGCAUUUUGUACCUCUCUCAGAAUGAAUGGGAACCAGAAAUUGGAGGCUUGUAACCAAGACUGGCAGGAUUUCGUCCAGCACUUCUCCCAGAUUGUCAAGGUGCUGACUGAGGACGAGCUAGGCCACCCUGAGACAGGCGAUGCCAUUGCCCGGCUCAAGGAGGUCCUGGAGUACAAUGCCGUGGGAGGCAAGUACAAUCGGGGUUUGACUGUGCUCCAAGCCUUCCGGGAGCUGGUGGAGCCAAGGAAACAGGAUGCCGAGAGUCUGCAGCGGGCCCUGACUGUAGGCUGGUGUGUAGAACUGCUCCAGGCUUUCUUUCUUGUGUCAGAUGACAUCAUGGAUUCUUCUCUCACUCGACGUGGACAGAUCUGCUGGUACCAGAAGCCAGGCAUAGGCUUGGAUGCUGUCAAUGAUGCUCUGCUUCUGGAAGCCUGCAUCUACCGCCUGCUGAAGUUGUACUGCAGGGAGCAGCCCUACUACCUGAACCUGCUGGAUCUCUUUCUGCAGAGCUCCUAUCAGACAGAGAUUGGGCAGACCCUUGACCUCAUAACAGCACCCCAGGGCCAUGUGGAUCUGGGUAGAUACACUGAAAAGAGGUACAAAUCUAUUGUCAAGUACAAGACAGCUUUCUAUUCUUUCUACCUGCCUGUGGCGGCUGCCAUGUACAUGGCAGGCAUUGAUGGGGAGAAGGAACAUGCCAAUGCCAAGAAGAUCCUGCUGGAGAUGGGCGAGUUCUUUCAGAUCCAGGACGACUACCUUGAUCUCUUCGGUGACCCCAGUGUGACUGGAAAGGUCGGCACUGACAUCCAGGACAACAAAUGCAGCUGGCUGGUGGUUCAGUGUCUGCUACGAGCCACUCCGCAACAGCGUCAGAUCUUAGAGGAGAACUAUGGGCAGAAGGACCCAGAGAAGGUGGCACAGGUGAAAGCGCUGUAUGAAGCGCUGGAUCUGCCAGCUGUGUUCUUAAAGUACGAGGAGGACAGCUACAGCCGCCUCCAGAGCCUCGUGGAGCAGUACUCUGCACCGCUGCCCCCAGCCAUUUUCCUGGAACUAGCAAAGAAGAUCUACAAGCGGAAAAAGUGACCUCGAGCUUGCAAAGGCUUUGAGGGAAGGGAUCUCAAUAAAUUAUUGUACAGAA